AUGUCCCAAAAUAUCUCUGAAAGUACAUUAACUGAACCUGCUAAGGUUGUUGCUCCAAAAGGCCCAAGUUCUAAGAAAAGCUCUGGUCCAUCUUACCAGACUAUGAUUAAAGAAGCUAUUCUGGCUGAAUCUGCUAAAGGGGCUGCUUCCCGUCAGGCUAUUAAAAAAUAUAUCGCUGCCAAAUACCCAACCAGUGCUGAUCAUUAUAUUAAUCAAGCCAUUAAAAAGGGUGUUGAUAACGGCUCUUUCACUCAACCAAAAGGUGCUUCUGGCCCACUAAAGCUAUCCAAAAAGGCUAUUGAACCAAAAAAGAAGUCUGUUUCUAAAAAAACCGAAAGUAAAAAGAAGCCAACCGCUAACAAAAUUACUGAGAUCAAAAAGCAACCAGUUACUGCUAAAAAAACUGAAACUAAGAAGCCAGUUAAGAAGGCUAUAUCUGCUACUAAUACAUCUACUUCUACAUCUACUACUAGUACAUCUAAAAAACCUGUUACUGAAGCAUCAAAGAAGAAAGUUACCCCCACAACCAAUACUGAGAAAAAGACUGAUGAUAAAUUAACUUAUAAGGAAAUGGUUUCUGAAGCUAUCUCAACUUUGAAGGAACGCCAAGGCUCAUCAAGACAAGCUAUUAAAAAAUAUGUUAAAGGAAAGUUUCCAGAAACCGCCUCUGCUGCUUCUUUUGAUCAUCACUUUAAUAAUGCCAUUAAAAAAGGUGUCGAACAAGGCCUGUUUGUUCAACCAAAGGGUGCAUCUGGUCCAGUUAAAUUAAAUAAAACGAAAUCUAAUAUUUCUAGCAAGAAAGUCAUUAAAAAAAAAGUGAAUUGA